GGGCGAUACAUUUUAGACACCAAAAAAAUCCUAAAAACCUCAAAAAAGUGCAUUCAUCGACAACAGAAAGCAACUUGUGGCUCAGAUCAUUUGCCUGUGAGACACAAACAAAUUCCACAUAAAUGUCAGUGGAAUCACCCGUGAUCUCCCAUCACAUUCCAUUUCCCAUGUAAAGACGAAAACCCAAACCACAUUACUUUUUUCUAAUUAUAUUAUUACAAUAACACUCUAUAUAAUAUGCAAUUCCAACAACUCCAUACAAUCAAAACAAAAUCCUCUUCUCAUCUUGGUUCCAGCCAUGCCCGCUCGUUUGCUGCAUCUGGCGAUGUUUUUGCUGGUGUUGAUCCCCGGCGCGCAUUCGCACAGCAAGGGCGUGAGGCGAUCGAAGCCGUCGCCGCCGCUGUGGGUGAAUAUGAGUCAGGUGGAGUAUUCGGAGCAGCAAUUCAUGAAGUGGGUCAAGUUUGUGGGGAGCCUGAAGCAUUCGGUGUUCAAGACAGCGAAGAACAAGGUGUUCCCUUCCUACAUUCUGACGGUGGACAAGAAUCCGGCGCUCGGAGAUUUCACCACCAUUCAAGACGCCAUCGACUCUCUCCCUGCCGUCAACCUCAUCCGAGUGCUCAUCAAUGUUCAUGCAGGCGUCUACUCGGAGAAGGUGACAAUAGGUCAAAUGAAAUCGUUCAUAACGAUAGAGGGCGCGGGAGCCGACAAAACAAUAGUUGAAUGGGGCGACACGGCCCAAACAGCUGGCCCCAACGGCCGACCCCUCGGCACAUACGGCUCUGCUACUUUCGCAGUCAAUUCCCCUUAUUUUAUAGCCAAGAACAUCACUUUCAAGAACACGACGCCGGUGCCGGCGCCGGGAGCGGUGGGGAAGCAGGCGGUGGCGUUCCGGAUAUCGGCGGACACGGCGGCGUUGGUGGGGUGCAGGUUCUUAGGGGCGCAGGACACGCUGUACGACCACGUGGGCAGGCAUUACUACAAGGACUGCUACAUCGAGGGAUCCGUCGACUUCAUCUUCGGCAACGGACUGUCGUUGUUCGAGAACUGCGACGUGCACGCGAUAGCUCCGGUGACGGGGGCGGUGACGGCGCAGGGGAGAAGCAGCAUAUUGGACGACACGGGGUUCUCGUUCGUCAACUGCAGAGUGACGGGGUCGGGCGCCCUCUACCUGGGCAGAGCGUGGGGCCCUUUCUCCACCGUCGUCUUUGCCAACACUUACAUGGACAACAUCAUCAUCCCUAAAGGCUGGUACAAUUGGGGCGAUCCUGCUAGAGAAAUGACUGUGUUUUAUGGGCAAUACAAGUGCACAGGGCCAGGGGCUAAUUUUGCAGGAAGAGUUUCAUGGUCAAGAGAACUUACUGAUGCAGAAGCUCGACCUUUUAUUUCUCUCACUUUCAUUGAUGGAUCUGAGUGGAUCAAUAUGUAAAUCAUUGCCUUUACAUAUAUAAUUAUAUUCUCACUUA